AUGAGCGCAGAGAAGAGCAAGAUAGAGCAUGCGCCGUGGGCGUGGGGGCUGCCGGUGACGCCGCCGCGCGCGGCGGCGGCGUGCGCGGCGUCGCCGUGGACGCCACGUGUGCCGGCGGACAUAGCGCAGGCCGGGGGCCGCGCGGGGACGCCGCGGAGGCGGGCGCCGGCGCGGACGCUGGGUCACGUGAUCUUCGCGGUUCCGGAGCUGGUGGAGCAGCUGGUGCGGUUCGUGGCGGCGGGAAGCGAGCAGGCGGGGGCGCCGCGCGCGCUGCACCACUGCCUGCUGGUGAACCGACUGUGGCACGCGGUGACGGUGGCGGUGCUGCGCGAGCGCCUGUACUUUGCAGACGCGCGGCGGCUGCGGCAGUUCGCGGCGGCGGCGCACCGCGGGCGGCUGGCGCCGGAGCUGGUGGUGCUGCACAAGCUGACGCGGCUGGAGCAGCGUGACCUGGACCGUGCGCUGCAGCACGUGAGCCCGGAGCGGCUGCGACGGCUGGAGCUGUACGUGUGUCCGCGCGUGCUGCCGCCGGCGGGCUACCUGGGCCGGGCCGGCGGGCUGCGGCGCCUGGCGCUGCCGGGCAACAAGCUGGUGUCGGACGACUUUCUGAUCGAGGCCUGCGUGCACCUGCCGCGCCUGCAAGUGCUGGACCUGCGCGCGUGCGACCGCGUCAGCGACGCGGGCGUCGUCGCGGUCGCGACCAACUGCCCGCGCCUGCACACCGUGAACCUGGGCCGCCACCGCAACGGGCACCUGAUCACGAGCGUCGCGGUGGUCGCGCUGGCGCGCCACGUGCAGCUCGAGACGCUGGGCGUGGCUGGCUGCGACGUCAGCGACGCGGGGCUCUGGGAGCUGGCCGCCGUGUGCGGGCCCAGCCUGGCGCGGCUGUCGCUUAACAACUGCCGCUACCUGACUAAUCGGUCGGUCCCGGCGUUGCUGGAGCUCAACGCGUUCCCCAACCUGUCUGUCCUAGAGCUGCGCAACAUCCCGCAUUUGACCGACGUGCGCGCGGUGGUGCGCUACAGGCAGUGGAAGCGGGCGUGCGGCCUGCCGGUCCUCGUCGAGGGCUGCGACCGCCUGACGCAGCUGUUCCGCUGCGAGGAACGCAAACUAUGUAAGGAAAACUGUGCCAGCCCUGUCCGGGACCUCGCCGCGUGGCUCCGCAGUGAGGAGGACUAG